GCGCGCGCAGGUGGCGCGUCAGCCCGCGGGGUGCCCAGAACGCCACCGGGAGUCUCCGCCAAGGGUGCGCCCUGAGAGCCCGGUAGCCUCGGGUCGCGGCGCUGCGGACGCGAUGAUGGAUGAGCCGUGGUGGGAAGGGCGCGUCGCCUCGGACGUCCACUGCACCCUGCGCGAGAAGGAGCUGAAGCUGCCCGCCUUCCGAGCCCACUCCCCGCUCCUGAAGAGCCGCCGGUUCUUUGUCGACAUCUUGACCCUGCUGAGCAGCCACUGCCAGCUCUGCCCCGCCGCCCGGCACCUGGCCGUCUACCUGCUGGACCACUUCCUGGAUCGCUAUAACAUCACCGCCUCCAAGCAGCUCUACGCCGUGGCCGUCUCCUGCCUCCUGCUCGCAAGUAAGUUCGAGGACAGGGAAGACCAUGUCCCCAAGCUGGAGCAGAUAAACAGCACCAGGAUCCUGAGCAGCCAGAACUUCUCCCUCUCCAAGAAGGAGCUGCUGAGCACAGAGCUGCUGCUGCUAGAGGCCUUCAGCUGGAACCUCUGCCUGCCCACGCCCGCCCACUUCCUGGACUACUACCUCUUGGCCUCCGUCAGCCAGAAGGACCACCACUGCCACAGCUGGCCCACCACCUGCCCCCGCAAGACCAAAGAGUGCCUCAAGGAGUAUGCCCGCUACUUCCUAGAGGUCACCCUGCAAGAUCACAUUUUCUACAAAUUCCAGCCUUCUGUGGUCGCUGCAGCCUGCGUGGGGGCCUCUAGGAUUUGCCUUCAGCUUUCUCCCUCCUGGACCAGAGACCUGCAGAGGAUCUCAAGCUACUCCCUGGAACAUCUCAGCACGUGCAUCGAAAUCCUGCUGGUAGCUUAUGACAACGUCCUCAAGGAUGCCGUCGCGGUCAAGAGCCAGGCCUUGGCGAUGGUGCCCGGCACACCCCCAGCCCCCACCCAAGUGCUGUUCCAGCCGCCCACCUACCCCCGCCUCAGCCAGCCAACAGCGACGGCCCUGGCCCACUUCCAGACCCCCGUGCGGGACCUGUGCUUGGCCUACCAGGACCCGCUGCUGCCCCCCCAUUCGGGGACCCUGCUCUCAGGGGGCACCGGCUCGUCCCUCCACGCCCUGUACCCCGCCCUGCCGCCCCUGGACGUGUGUCCCGUGCCCUGCCCCGCGUCCCUCGGCAUGCAGAUGGCCAUCACCUCUGAGCCCAGGCACUGCCUCGCCGCCACCUAUGGGAGCAGCUACUUCAGCGGGAGCCAUGUGUUCCCUGCAGGCUGUUUCGACAGAUAGAGCACCUUUAGCCACCCAGGGAGAUCUUGGCAACCCAGGAGGUGGAGGACACCGACGAGGGGAGCUCAGCCCAGUGAAGUGCCUGGGAGGCCGUCCCCACAGAGCCUCAGGGCCCUUGAACGGAGAAGGUCCGUGCUCUUUUUAAAUAAAACUGACCCAGCUCAAGGCAGUUAAUGACAUACCUCAACCAAGAGCAUUCGUCUGGAGAACAUUUUCCACACGUGGCUGGGGUGCAAGGGGAUGGCUUGGUGGCCAUCUCUGGAGAAGAGCCCAGGGGGUUGACAAAGACCUGGGACGAGGCCAGGAGACGGGGGACUGGAUGCCGACCACGAGCACGGCCAGAUUUUAGCAUCAAAGACUCCUUUGUGCUUUGCUGAUGGCAGCUACACCACUGAAAAGGGGGGGCAGCCUGACCUGUUCUCAGGACCCCCAGUAGAUGCCGUCUGGGGUGCUUUUCUUUCCCUGGCUCCAUACACAGGGGCCCAUGUGUGCAUUCUGCCUUCCGAGGCACGGUGAGCGGCUGUCUUGCUUUUGUUGUGGAACCUAAAACCUCCUUCAGCCUUUUAUAUAUUUUACUUGCUGCUGCUUCCCGAAGUGACCUAGCUUUCUGUUCAGUAAGAUGUCUUGUUUACAUGCUGCAUCAGGGAUUCUGUGAUACUUGAAGAUUCCUUAGGACUGAAAAACCAUGGUGAUUGACACACUGCCUGUCCCACGCCAGGGCUGUGGGUUUUAACCUGGCUUGGGACUGACCCUGGAGGUCAACCCAGAGCUCCCUUUGCAAAAGCAUAUGGCCGGGGAGAACCGCUUUCCAGGCUCUCGGUUCCAGGAGAUUCCACGUCUUGGAUGCUCUGUUCACCUGCACGACUUCGAUAACCACCCAGAAGAAAAAGGUUGUUGAAAAGUAAACAAAGAUUUAAAACCAAUAAACCCCACCUCCCUUCAUCACACGCUUUCUAGUGCAUAAGAUUAAACCCAGCCUCGGCUUGGUGUUUGGCUCAGAGCAAAGGAUCGUAAUGUGGGAUGAAUGCCUAAUGCCAACUGGAUUUGGGGAGUAGGGGGUGUGCCAGGUCUGUGCCCCCACCGACAGCUGAUUGGAUUGAAAGCCAGCAUUUGGGUUUCUGCAGUGAGAGGGCUCUCGGGAAGACCCUCGGAGCCAUGUGCAAUAUGUUUUAUCCUGACUCGUGGCUUGUGCUCAGUAUGUUUCAUUUUUUGGUUGGUUUGGGGUCGGGGGAUACAUUGUUUGCGCGCUAGAACUGGGAAGUGCAAAGAACCACAGAAGCGUCUUUUUUGUUCUUUUUUAAAAAAGAACCCAUCUUGGAUUUCUUGGCUUGUUUGCCAGUCCAGGAGGCUGGCAGGGAGGCUGCCGGGAGUCGGAUCCGAAGGCGGUUUUCCGAGCAGACAGAAGGCUCAGCGUGGAAGUUGAGUCAAGAGGAGACGCUGGACGCGGACAGGCUGGGGCCACUUUGUCACACCAGCAUAGGAAAGUGCACGUUCGUUUGUUGUUUUUCUCUUUUUUCCCUUUGCCCAGCCUCUUAUUUAUAUGCAGCUGGUUUGGAUUCCAAGUUACUGUGUCUGUUCUGAGGCUGGGCGCCUGUGAGCCCCACCCCCACCCCAAGUAGAGCCUCACAGCCAGCCCAGCCCCCAGAAAAAGCGGUCCAGCAAUAAACGUAUCA